AUGUCAACCUACAGAAGCACAGAUUAUCAACACAAGCCCUAUGAUCAAAUCUCUCUUCCUACGAAGUUUCAUGGAAUCAAAUCUAAAGAUAUCAAGCCAGAGAUAUUCCAAUUUGUGAAUGACCAUUUCUAUGUUGUCGUGGGCUACAACGAUAACAACGAAGAACCGAGUGAACUCCUUCACUGUGGGUUCUAUCUAUGCACAAACACGACACAGGGCGAAGGGAGACUCUGGAGUUUACACAGAAGCCAAGAAAGAGGUGGGCAAUGGGAGAUUUCAAAGUCGGUCCUCGGGGGGCAGCAGCCUCCAUGCUGGGUUGCGAUGAAAAAUUUGCUCCUCGCUUCUUAUCUUUGCGAAGUCAAUAUGAACUACUGGGAAGAUCUGGAUAGGCAGAUCAAACUUGCAGAGAUCGAUCAGUCGGGAAACUGUAUGCGCUGGAUUGAUGCAGUCCAAGAGAAACUCAAACCCAAGUACUAUACCUACAACUCGCUCAGCACGAUCAAAAAUGAAUUUAACAAAAAAGCCUACCAGCUCCUCACAGCCAAGAAAGUAGCCAUUCUUGACAAGGACCAUGCCGGUGCGGAAUGGCAGCUCCAAACGAAAGCGGAUUCGGGAGUUUGA